AUGCUGCACUUCUCGGUGGAAUCCCUGGAGGCGCUCAAGGAUCGGGCGCGGCGGGAGCUCCUGGCGGCCGGUGACGCGGCUGGCGCGGCCGCCGUAACCAAGUUCCAGGCGCUGAGCUCCCUGGUAUGGCACUGCUUCACCCGCGCGCGGCGCAAGGCGCCGGACCAGUCCACCGUAUGCCGCGCCGCCAUCAACAACCGCACGCACCUCCGCCCGCAGCUGCCAACCAAGUACUUUGGCAACACCAUCUACGCCAUCUCCACAAAGGCGGUGACCGCGGGGGAUCUGCUGGCGCGCGGCCACGGGUGGGCGAUGGCGGCCGUGGGGCGAGCGGUGGCGGCGCACACGGAUGCCGACAUCUGGGCGCGCGUGGCGGCGUGGAUGGCCAAGCCCGUCGUGUACACGCUCAGGUACUUCGACCCCAACGGUGUCAUGAUGGGCAGCUCGCCGAGGUUCGAAAUGUACGGCUGCGACUUCGGCUGGGGACGCCGCUGGCGCCGCGCAGCAGCGGCAGGGGCCAACAAGUUCGACGGGAAGGCGUCGCUGUACCCAGGGCGGGAGGGCGGCGGCAGCAUCGACGCGGAGGUGGUGCUGACGCCGGAGCACAUGGCGCUGCUGGAGCAGGACGACGAGUUCUGGGCGGCCGUCUCGCCGGACAAACCUUGCCCGCCGGCGGUGGGGAAGAAUUGA